CACAUCGUGUGGCCAAGUUUUCUGGCAUGAAGGAGAGAAUUCCUAUACGCCUAUAUUUGAUACAUACAGAAUUAAUCGAUUUGGUCAAUUUUAUAUUCCAACAGAUUUUCCAAGUGGAUAUUUUUUAAUGUUUUUGCAACCGAUUGUAGUGUAACCAAUAAUGCAAAGUUGUUUGAAAAUGGCUCUAAUGUAGAUUACUAGCCUUAUUGUAUCUACUUUUCUUAUUGGAAUAUGUUACGUGUAUUAAGAAACACUAAAAUGACAAUCGAACUAAUAGUAUGAGCAAUAUAUUGUUAUAUUGCUUUCGCAAAUAUGCCGAGAAAUACUGCCAAAUGUAGACGAAAUGUUAAGGGAAGCAGGUCCAAUGUCGUACAAAAAGCUGAAGACAAGCUAUCAAAUAAUAUGGCUCCGAAGGAGAAUAAGGAGACAAGACGGAGGGUAACAGUAAAAACAGAACUUUUAUCUGCAAUAGAACCAAUUACAGAACCUGUGCACCAGAAAGGAUAUCGGAAGUCUGAACGUCGAAGAGUAGCUCGUGAUAUUUUUUUAGUAUUUGAGGAGCAGCCCAAUACACGACGAGCCAGAGGAUCAAAUAAGAAACAACCAAAACCAAAGUUUGGACAUCUAAAGGUGGAGGAAACUGUAAAGUCAAAUACUCUUUUGAGGGAUAUAAAAAAUGAACCAAAAUGUUACUUAGGAGAAAACACUGUUCAUCAUCAAAUUGAUAAAAAGGACGCUAAAAAUAAAGUCACAAACGCCAUUGCAAACACACAAUUAAAAAUCUGGUCAUCUGCUUCGAGUAAGACACAUUGUUCUGUGUAUUCCAGCAUUGCCAGCCGAGAACAUACAAAUUUGUCCCAGGAAACAAGCCCUGAAAAUGUUUCUCAAGUCGCGAAAGUCAAUCCUAUAUUUCUUUGGGCAAAACAAGACAACACACGUAUCAUUGAAGUGCGUUGUGAAGAUUAUGACAAACGCAAUAGAAUACGUAUAACAAAAACCUCAAACGGUUGGCGCGCUAUGCCACGUUCUGAUCCAUCAUCGUCAAAGGUUCUUAAACUAUACACUACACCGCUGGUAAAAGUCAAACAUGAAGCUCCAAUUCAAGCAAAUACUAACAUAUCCCAAUCAAAUACCACUAUAUGUGCAGAUGCUAUCAGCGAUAGUAAACCCGUUGUAGUCGAAUCAGAAAUUUUGAAGCAAAGUAUGGCUCUGGACCCCAUUGACAUAGGAAUACAGGUCAAUGGAAUAGACUGCUCUAUAAAACAGCCACCAAAGAAAUCUAAAAAGAAGAAAACAAGAAAGCGCAAACGUGUAUUUACUUGUAAAAAGGCUACAAUAAAAAUUAAUGUCACUGGCGUCGAAGAAUCAAAUUUAGAAAAAAUUAAUUUUACUGAGAACAGUACACUCGAACCUCUUAUAUGCCAAAAAGGGGACAUUUCGUCAGAACAUAAUUUGGGGAAAACGUGUGAACCCUUUUCAGAAAGCUUUCCUGAAAAAUCGUGUUUGAAUGUGACCAAAAUUAAUACUGAUGUUGACGACAGUGCACCUAAGUCUUGUUUGUCGACAAUCAAAGAAACCUUUACAGCAGAACAUCUAGCAUAUCCGAAUGAAUCUAACGAUGAAAAUUCACUACAACUAUGUCCAAAAACGGGUCUAUUUUUAAGAAAUGUACCCAGUCAUGACAAUAUUGUUGAAAUUAUGGAGGAUAAUCAUGAUAGGGAAACCCUCUCACGGAAGAUUAUUUCCAUAGAUACUAAACCUAAUUCCGCAGACGAUAACAAUGAGAGUUUGGAAGCGAAGACUCGAAAUCUUAAAGACCUUUUAGAUGAUGCCGAUCUUUUUCAACAUUGUGAUGAUAAUGCCAAUUGCGAUGCCGAUUUAAUUGACACGCUCGUUAAAUCAAGUUGCGAGAAUAAUUUAAUACAAACAAACGAACAUAGUGAAAAAGAAAUGAUUGAGAAUACACACAUCAAAAAUAUAGACACAGUUGGAGAUAACAUGUUGGUGGUUAAUGAACCACCAAAAUGUCUUUCUUUUAAUGAAGCUGGAGAAAUCGAAGCUCUAAACUGUGAAUUAUUUCAUCCGAACGAUGAGUUUAUUGAUUCGUUUGUUGAAAAACAAAGAUCAAAAGCAAUAUGUGGCGUCGGAUUAUCUAGUAAUAAUAAAUCUGUCGUUACAAUGGUACAAUCUUUGGACAUACAGCACAGUCCUGUCAUAGAAGAUAUAUCAGGCAUUAGUGAAGAUAAAGGCAUACAAGACAAUCAUGGAGGCAUACAUAUAAUUGAAGAAUCUCCCAAAGACCUAAGUUACAAAAAAAGAGAAGAAGUCUGCCCCCCUUCAGAGUCUCGAAGUCAAUGUGCUGUAACAUCAAGUUCUGAUGUUGUUAAAUCCCAAAACAUGGACGAGUCUUCUGCUUUGGCGACUUCUUCCGAAACGUUGAAAAAUCUUAUAUUGGAGCAAUUUAUGAAGUUAAACACUAUGUCAGGACAGAAGCAUUCUGGCGGUGUCAAGCAGUUGGAUGAUCCCCAUCUAAGUUCAUCUUGCUCAAAAGGAAACAUGUCAUCCGAUAUAAUUGAAACUGUUGUUAUUGAGGACAGUGAUAGUGCUAAUGAAGAUAAUCAGAUCGAUCGAUGCGAAGAACCGCUGAAAAAGCGUUUACGUGCUAGUGCAUUACCAGCUGCGAAAGUUGCUAAUGAUGAAUUUGUUAAAUCGAAAUUGGCAAUGAUUGACAAAGAUCCUGACCCAUUGACUCAGUUGAGGUUACUCAUUCGAAACUCUCAAUGGAAAGUUCCUGAUCCCAUCCUAGUCCCAAAAGAUCGAUUAAGUGCUGUACUGGCAUCACCUGCCAGAGAAAUUCCUCUUUUAAUUACAACUCGUCCCGAAUUAAGACUUCCAGAAGCGUUUGCUUAUCCUGAAAUAAUACAGAACCCUAACAUACUUGUUAUAUCUAUGGCCCAGUUAGAAGCAAUACUUAAGAACAAUAUCGAAACAGAUACUAGAAAAUCAAAAGAUUUAGGAAGCAAAUCAUCGUCGCAAAUAUUUCCACAAAGUAUUGGAAAACAUACCAAGUUGGUCGCCGAUUUUGUUGAGGAAAAUCAAGCGCAAAUCGCAACUAAUAUGAUUUCUCAAAGAUAUGGCAAUGAAGAAAAAAUUUUAAGAAAAACUAAAUCAAGUGAAACUACAUCCAAAGAGGAAAGUGCCAAGUUAGCACACAAUGAGUCGAGUUUAUCUACCGACAUUAAUGCGGCAACAAUGGCCGUUCUCAAUCAAAUGCUUUGGCUCCCAUAUUUUGGUCAGAUGUCCCAGGAUUUUAUCAAUUCUGUUAAGACGCCACAGCUUUAUACUCAAUCUGCACAUCCGCUUCCUUCAAAGACAAAUAAUGUAAAUACUGAAUCGUGUAAUGCUAUUAGAAGUCAACAAACAAAAACAGCAGCAACGCGUGAUAGUCAAAAUUCUAAUGGCAUUUUCUUAAAUACAGGGCUAACAUCUUUGUUUAAACAAGGUCAAGUGGAUGAUUUAAAUUUGUUUCAGAAAAUUGUACAGCAUCAAAUGCAAAAUGUAAUAAACUUGACACAGGUAAAAAACUCUACUUCAACAGAAGCAGGUGCAAACGCAACCGCUGUUCCUAAUAAUGCCUUCAUAAAUGAACAAAGUUCGCAUGCUGGACUAGCAGUGCACAGCUUGUUAAAUACCGAAAAAAAUUAUAGAAAUAUAUUAGCUGCACCGCAAAUAAAAUUAAAAAAUGUUGGCCAAAAUAACCUUGGAGACUCCACUAAAACAUAUAAUCUAAGGAGUUCUGUCGCGUCACGACUGUCUUCAGAUUAUAACCAAUUUUCAAAUUCAAAAAGACCAAAUCUCGACAAUAAACCUAGGCUAACGUGUAAAUCUUUAUCAAAUCUCAUAGAUCCCGAACACAAACAGCCGACAAAUAUGACUGCAUCCUCAAGUCUAAUUGCACCAUGUGUUCUCAGCGCAGAUCCGAAUUUUCAACAAACAAACAAUGACAUUAAAGACCAAUCAGCUGAAAAUAAUAUGUUAGGAGUAUCUUGCCCGCCUGUUCCAGAUCACUUUUCAAAUACCUUAAGGGUCCAUUCGAGUGAUAGUACAAGGAACGUCGAUUCUUUAAACGAUCACAAUAAACAAAGUAGCAAAAUUGUCGACAAUGUUCUUGUAGAUAAUGUUUCUAGAAGUGGAGAUUCGGUGAGCUUAUCUAAUGAAACCAAUAUACCACUAUGGCAUCCACUAUUUGGAAGUAACUCAAAGUCGGUAUCAUACAGUAGCCCUUGGCAAUGGACGACCGUGACAGCAGCAGGUGAAUGACAAUCGAGGGCUCUGAAUAAAGAGCCCAAUAUAUCCAAAGUCGAAAGCAAUUCAUCUAAGGUGAAUAACGUUGCCACCAAUCCUACAAAUGUAGACUAUGCAAAUGUUAAUAACAACAACAGCGGCAGCAUAAGCGACACUAUUAAUAAUCCGCUAAGUAUGUACAGUAAUAUGGGAAUUGAUAACAGAAAUUGUCCACAAAAUAAGGCAUAUCUAAAUUUGGAAAGCACUACGGGGAACCACCAACAGUUGCAUAAUACCAAGAGGAAGGAUCCCCAUCUACAAGCAUCGUACAACCUCUGUAAAGAAGAUUCCAGAGCAGCAGCUGCUGUUGAAUAUUCAAAUGUUUGGCAGCAACAACAGCACUAUAAUUCUCACAACUGGCAAUCUACAGGGAUGACAAACAAUCGUAAUUAUGUCAACAAUUUACCCAAGUAUGCAAGUGCAAAUCGAAUGCACACCUUUCAAAAUCCUCGUCCACUAUAUAUGCAGUUCAGCCCUUAUUUGGCACAAAGGACCAUUAUUGCAUCUCAAAAUCCUUCCCAGCCGAUUCCUCAACGUUCCGAAAGUCAAUCAAAUGAAAUCCAGCAAAGUAUGCGUUUCGGGGACUACGAUUUUGUACAACGUUAACGCUUUUUGUGUAAUUUAAAAUGUCAUAACAGACUUCAUUCAUUCCGUAACAGAGGAACCCUUUAAAAUCAACAACAUAAUUGUCGAAUUUCUCCUGAGUAUAAGCUACCAUAUUGGGAAAUGUUUAUGCUUUCGUAGCCACAUAAAUAACGAAAACAAUGUGAGACCUUCAACGCAUCUACAUUUAUGUGACUUUAAUUAGAAAAUUUGUUAUAAGUAGUUUGUUACGCACUAAUAUUGUUAAUCUGUACAUCUCAACCUAUUGUAUUUAUUUAUUUGUUUACCUUUAUGUAUCUGCAUAAUUUACAAUAAUUUAUGGAAUAUGUAUGAAUUCAAAGGAUUGACUAAAAAGUCAAGAAUCAAAAAUAUCUUGUUAUAUUAUAUUAUUUAUAUUAUUAUUUUACAUUUCGAUAUUUCCCAAAAAAAGAAACAAAUAGCGGUGAUUUUAAAUUAACAUUUCAUUCCACAAGGCAAAUCUAAUCUAUAGUAAAGACAAAUUCAUACACAUGUAUCAAUUGAUCAGUUUAUUGUUCUUAUAUACAAUGAGGGAAUAGUUAAAUAAAAAACAAAAAAUAAAAAAAACACAUUUGGGAUAAAAUUAA